AUGAUCGUUCUCUUUCUGGGAAUCCUGUUCUUAUGUUACAGUCAUGUUACUUUAUCUCAAAAUAGCACAGGGGAUUAUCCUGAUGCCAACGAGGUUAUGAAGAAGCUACCUCAAACAUUCUUGCUUCAUUCACUUGGAAAUUAUUCGAGUUUAAUAUGUGGUUACCAACAUUUCUACAAUGAGACCUUGGGAGCUCAGACUUAUAGAAAAUAUAACUUAAUAUUUAAGUACCCGAAACAAAUAUAUAGUCAACCUCUCUAUGUAAGAAAUGUGACUGGGUACAAAAUUUUUAUGGACACUGAUCCAGACCCAUGGAUUCCUGCGACAUUCAGUCACGAAAUAUUGUUUUCGAACAUGAAAUCUUGUAUGAUAACAAGAAACCCAAACCCAAGGUUUCCGAAAGCCUGUAGCCUGAUGGUCACAAAAGAAUGCUUUUCUGCACCUCUAAUAAGAUGCCGACAAAAAUUUGAACAGCACUGCAAAGGUCCUGCAUUCAACUAUAGUAUAACUAACUGUCCUUACCCGGAGACCCUGAUCUAA